AUGACGCCGCCAAUCAAGGACGAUCAUAUGGCUGGUGGCAUAAACAAAAAACUACGGGCCCGCGAUGCAGGAGACUCUUGUGUCAAUAACUGUAAGCUGAGAGCUCCGAUUCUUGACGCGUCCAGUGUCACUACCACAGUCCAUCAAUCGGAACAACUGGUACACACGACCAAAAAGCUAAUCGCACGAGUGGAUCAAUCGUAA